GAGUACACAGAGAUCAAUUAUACUCCUAACCCGGAGUUAAGUGACAUAUUAGUUAAUAUAACAAGAAACUGAAUACCAGACAUAUGCUUUAGAUUUCAAGUUUGGGAUACAACUUUAGACUAUGGAUGGUAGUACUUUUGCUUCGGAACCGGCUAAGGAGUUGGUGGCAAGUAAUCCUGAGCCCCGGAACUGGAAAGGAUUAAUGAUUUCAAUCCUUGUAAUCCUUUCUGUGAUCCUCAUGGUUGGUCUUGCAGUUUAUUGGAUGACUCCUCCGGAUCCAGGACCUAGGGUGAAGGGUGAACGAAUUCGUCUAGAUCAGAUACUUGAAGAUAGGUUUAAACCUGCAACCUAUAAUGCUACCUUUGUUGGGCGUGAUCUAGUAUUUAUGAACUGGGAGGGUGGAUUAUCAGUAUUAAGUGUAGAGGGUGGAAGCCGAAGUAUCCUAGACAACAGUACCUUUAGAACGCUGAACUGUCAUAAAUACAGUAUAGACGAGCGACUGGAGCAUGUUAUGCUAAUUCAUGAAAUUCAAUCUGUUUUUCGGCAUUCCACCACAGCAAAAUAUACCAUUCAGAAUAUUAAGGACAGAACCAGUCCCUUGCUUCGUCUUGGAGUCAACACGCGCCUCGAUAUUCUUCAGGAGCAAGAAUCCUUACAGUUUGCCGCGUUCAAAUCUGGAGGGGGAGUCGUCUUUGUUUCUCGAAAUGAUAUUUACUACCUGGAUGCUAUACCUGACGGUCAGGUUCACAGAAUAACUAGUUCAGGGGCAGCAGGAACAGUUUACAAUGGCGUGGCAGAUUGGCUUUAUGAAGAAGAGAUCUUGGGCCAGACUGAGGCGAUCUGGAUUAGCUCUGCUGGAACCAGGAUGCUCUACGCAACCUUUAAUGAUUCUAAUGUAGAACUUGUCACAAUUAGGGAAUAUGGUAACUCGAAUAGUAAAGGGUUCUCCGCUAGAGCCAGAACACGAGAAAAAUCCUUCAGAUAUCCAAUGGCCGGAGCAGAAAACCCUGUGGUUCAGCUAUCUGUUUACACAUUUACUGGUGAAGGGGCGGGGAAAAGUGUGAAAGUAACGCCCCCAGCAGACCUUAAAAAAAUGGACCACUACUUCAUUUCUGGCAAAUGGAUUUCUGAAGAUAGAAUAUGUAUUCUGUGGAUGAAUAGAGCUCAGAAUACAUCCUUCUAUACACUCUGCACACAACCAGACUUCGUCUGCAAACAGAUUUUGGUAGAGAAGAGUUCUGAUACCUCUGGUGCAGGCUGGGUUGAACACUGGGGUAUCCCUGUUUUCUCAAAGGAUGAAUCCCAGAUGAUUAAAAUCCAUCCUAUUAGGGAGGCGGAAGCUGGAUAUUUCCCCCAGCUAGUUCUAAUGCGGGUCAGCACUACAGAUAUACUACCUGCGAUUCAAUUUUCACAGGGUAGGUUCCAGGUUACAGAAAUACUUGGCUGGGAUCAGACAACUGGAUUGUUGUACUACAUGGCCACGUUAGAAGGAAAGCCCGGUGAACGCCAUUUUUUCUCCAUUAACGUGACGUCAUCAGCUGAAGAACGGAAACCCAGAAAACUCACAACAGAUGCCUGCCUUUACAAUAAAAUACAUCUUUCUCCUACAUUUGAAACAUACGUCCAGGAAUGUUUGGGUCCUGAUAUACCCUACACAGUUAUGUACUCUCUACCGUACAGUACAAGAAUAUCUGAACUGGAGAGUAACCAACGCUUGCAUAAACAGGUCCAAGUAUCAUCUAUGCCCAAGCUACGCUACCUGUCAGUGCCUCUACCUGGAAGUUCAAUAAAUGCCCAGGUUAAGCUGACCCUCCCACCAGUUCUACGUGAAACUGAAGAUUAUAAGUUCCCUCUGAUAGUUAAUGUGUAUGGUGGUCCUGGAACCCAGACAGUUGACCAGCGCUGGGGAGUAGGCUGGGAUACAUACCUCGCUAGUAAACGAAAUUUUAUUGUUGCUCAACUUGAUGUACGAGGAUCAGGAUUCCAGGGUUUUGAUUUCCUGCACGCUGUAAAGGGAAAACUAGGAACUCUAGAAACUCAAGAUGUUCUCAAAGUUGUCAGAUACUUGGUUUCAAAUCUCAAAUACAUCGACAAAAGCAAGGUGUGUGUUUGGGGUUGGAGUUACGGCGGAUAUCUGUCCGCCAGAAUACUGGCGGAAGAUGGAAAGAACGGGCACAUGGGCCGGAGUAAAGUAUUCGCCUGUGGAAUAUCUGUAGCUCCUGUAACAGAAUGGCAAAGUUAUGAUUCCGCCUAUACAGAGAAGUAUAUGGGGCUGCCUACCCCUCAGGAGAACUGGAAAGGAUAUGCAGAGUCGAGUUUGAACAGUAAACUAGAGAAUAUCUGGGACAACACCUACCUUGUACUACAUGGUACUGCAGACGAUAAUGUACAUAUACAUCAUACUAUGCAACUUUCUAAAGUUCUUGUAUAUAAUCAAAAGAUCUAUCCUGACGAAAACCAUGGAUUGUAUGGUGUUAUUAAACAUCAACAUGAAACUAUGGAGGCCUUUAUCGACGAUGUUUUUGGUCCCAUUGAGGACUUUUUUAUCGACGAUUACUUCAUGGCCGCGGCCAACCUUCUUCAUGAACUAAGGGAGGAAAGCAAAAUGUCAACGAAGACGAUAGAAGUUUAAAAUUAGACUGAAGAGUGCCAUCCCAUCCAUUUAUAUCUUUUCGAUUCAAAAUCUAUGAGUUUCUGAACUUCAAGUAAGUUAUAAAUAGUAUUUGCUUACGCUGUUUGAAACACAAAAAGAAUAUAUAUAUUAUCUUGUUUUUA